GCAUUUUCCGUUCCGAAACCAUGAUCAGACCAUCCAACAAAAAUCUUGAUCGUGCCAUUUUUCACCCGAAUAACCUCUCCGAAGCGAAACACACGGUGAUAACGUUAAAGGUUCAUCGCUUCACGCACUUAUUAUUUGCUUGAUCACAUUUCGCUCAACGUACCAUGUCCUCGCCAGCAGUUCUUGCCGCACGCGCUGCUCUUGCCAGCAUAGAUCUCACCAGUUAUGACCCUGAACAAUCGAGACUGAUGGAUGAGAAAUGUAUCUUGGUCGACGAGCAGGACAACGCCAUCGGCGCGAUGGAUAAGAAGACUUGCCACCUUAUGGAAAAUAUCGACAAGGGUCUACUGCACCGAGCCUUCUCUGCGUUUGUCUUCCGUCCCUCCGAUGGCAAGCUUCUCCUACAGCAGCGUGCUUCGGAGAAGAUUACUUUUCCGGACAUGUGGACGAACACGUGUUGUUCGCACCCACUGGAUGAUUUCGAAGAAGAAAAGAUCGAGGAGAACCAGCUCGGAGUGCGGAUCGCAGCUUCGAGAAAACUGGAGCAUGAGCUCGGUAUUCCGCAAAGCCAAACACCAAUCGAUGAGUUCCAGUACUUGACGAAGAUUCAUUACCUCGCACCGUCGAACGGUAUGUGGGGUGAGCAUGAAGUCGAUUACAUCUUGUUUAUGACUGCGGAUGUUACGGUGACGCCGAAUAAGAACGAGAUCCGGGACUACAAAUACGUGGACAAGGCUGAGCUACAGGCGAUGUUCAAUGACUCAUCAAAUUCUUUUACACCUUGGUUCAAGCUGAUUGCUCGCGACUUUUUGUUUGGGUGGUGGGAUACUCUUGUAGAGCGCCAGGGCUUUGAUGGUCGUGUCUACGCAAAGACUCUAACAGGCGUCGCUGACGGUUCCAAGGUUGUCAAGAUGUGAUACGUGUUCUGAUGUCGGUAGAUGUAGUGCAAAAGCAAUUCUGUAUUCAAUAACUUUGUAAAUUCUAAACUGGCUAGCUAGAGCAUAGACACAAUAAUG